AUGGCCGACUACGAGAGCAAGGUCGAUGCUGUGUGGCAGUUCCGCCCCAAUGCCAGGCCCACAAAUCCUGAGGUCUGGGGGAUGCCUCCUGAUGAGAAGGAGGCCGACGGAAUAACAAGGGUGCCAAUCCCCGAGGACAUUCAAUUCAGGAUGGACCUCCAACGGGCCCUUUUUUGCGGCACCGGCUUCUGGGAUGUCCUCGCAUUGGCAAUGGCUCGCCUCAACGCCGACACGAACACCGACAUCGCCGAGCGGUCCAAGAUGCUUCUUCCUGAUCGUCUCCCCGUGAGCGAUCUUAUUAUACUGCCUGCAGAGCACCUUAGUCCUAUACUGGAAGAAGUUCUGCCUGCCAACCGAAAACGGUUCGUCAAGUACAUGAGCGAAAGACCCCUUGGCCUGGGUUGCAUCACGGCGAGACCUGGCUCCGGCAAGACGACGGAGCUGGCGGCUGGCACUCUAGCGAUGACAGCGACUCUCGGCCAAAUAUAUGGCACCGCCCCCACGCACGUUGCCACAGACAACUUUGCUGAGCGCCUCGACCUUAUCUCAAAGAGGGUGACCCAGCGCCUCAACCAGGGCAAGGCGAAUGGAGACACCACGCGAGCCCGGCGAGCCCUUGUCAUCCGCGACUAUCUGCCCUCAGAGGAAUACGGCUCAUUCUUGAAUAUAUUGCGCGAUCCAAGCAUCGGCGAUGAAGCAGCCGCCUACCGCAGAUGGAUGCCCGAUGCCCACUGGAAGCUUCGCUUGUCUCUGACCUAUUGGCUCCUCAAGGCGCUGCGAAUUUGCGACGAGAAGAUUGUCGCCGCUCUUCAUGAGGUCGACUCCAAGAUCGUCUUCGAGGUCCAAGCACUGGCGGCUGUAGAAGAGCCAGUGCAUCCAGCCCACGGGUGA